GUGUUGUGUUGUGUUGCAUAUAGAAAUGAAAAAAGCAGAAGAGAGAGAGAGAGAUUACACUACUAAGUUAGUUCUUCUUCUACUGAUAUUUUCGUAACUAACUAUUAACCCUUCUUUCUUUGCGCUAUCUAACUUUUUCUGUUUUUGCAUUUUACACAAACCACUGCUACGUGUUCAGAUCGAUCCAUCCAUGAGGAAUCCUAAUUCAUCAUCAACAAAUUCAAAUAAGAAGAAGCAGAAAAUCAACAACAAUGGAAGCAGUAACAGCACAACAACUACACCUUGUUGCAGCAAGAUUGGAUUAAAGAGAGGACCAUGGACAUCUGAAGAAGACGAAGUGUUAUCAGAAUACAUUAAGAAAGAAGGUGAAGGUCGUUGGAGAACUUUACCUAAACGAGCUGGUCUUCUUCGUUGUGGUAAAAGCUGUCGUCUCCGUUGGAUGAAUUAUCUUCGUCCUUCUGUCAAACGUGGUCAGAUCGCUCCUGAUGAAGAAGAUCUCAUUCUCCGUCUUCACCGUCUUCUCGGCAACAGGUGGUCAUUGAUAGCUGGGAGAAUUCCAGGAAGAACUGAUAAUGAGAUCAAGAAUUAUUGGAACACACAUCUUAGUAAGAAACUCAUUAAUCAAGGGAUUGAUCCAAGAACACACAAGCCACUUAACAAUAUUAAUCCAUCUACUUCUUCAAUAAUCCCAAAUAUUAAUCACCAAAUCACUAAUCAUUUCACAUCUUCACCCACUCCACACCAUCAUCCUAUGCUUUACAAUCAAUCCAAUCAUCCUUCACAUGAUCAUAAUCAUUAUUAUCCACAACAACAACAACAAGAAGCUAAGGAGGUUAAUGAUGAUGAUGCUAAUUAUGAUUACUUAAUUAAUGAUGUUUCUGCAAUGGAUAAAGCGGCAAACAAUAACAGAGGGGAUUGCGAUAAAAGUAGUACCGAUUAUUGUUGCGAUGAUGGGUUUACUUCCUUCUUGGAUUCAUUGAUCAAUGAUGAUGCUUUUGCUGCACAUCGAUCGGAGAAUGAUCCGGCUGAUCCUUUGAUUUCAUCUGCUGAACCAUCAGCUUUUUGGGAAUCACCACUUAUGUCUACUAAUUUCACCCAAAACAAAGACUCAACCAACACCGGCAAGCUUCAUGAUGCAUGACAGCUUUUGAUUUCAUCUUUCUAAUAAUCUAUAUAUAUAUAUAUAUAUAUAUAUAUAUAUAUAUAUAUAUAUAUAUAUAUAUUAUUGCAUGCAUCUUCAACAUCUUGCUUCAUAAAAUCAGAUUCUUUGUGUGUGUAUUUUGUGUUCAUGCAUUGUAAUACUUCAAUCUCGGAUAUGUGUGUUCAAUUGGGAUUGUAAUUUUAUGCAUCUGCAGCUUGCUGUAGUUAACUAUAAUUAUUAUAUUUAGAAACCUAUUAAUAAGUAUUUACUAAUUAUCAUAAUUUUCUUUGCACAUU